AUGCUCGUCCGGGGGCUUUGGAUAUGCACGCCCCGCUUUGGAAAACGGGGGAUUCGCCUCUUGCGGAUGAUUUGCGCGUUGACCGGCGCCGUCGCCGUUUUCUCGCUGCUCUUCGUGGACGUCGUCGAGUCGUGGAUCACGUCCAUCGGCAUGAGCAUGAGCCCCGUUCCGGAGCCGCACUCGGGCCUCUUCCCCCAGCAAAGCGCCCCUCCCAUCAAACCCGAGGAUUUCCUACUCAUGCCAAGUUCGUUAGUGUGCCAAAGAGCCAAACCCUACCUCAUCACCAUGGUCACCUCGGCUCCAGCCCACCACAAGGCACGUCAGGCAAUCCGGUCUACCUGGGGUGGGGAAACUGUCGUGAGGGGUCUGAAGGUUCUGACCCUCUUCAUGCUGGGGGUGCCAUCUGAUCACGCACUGUCCAGGCUUCUCAUUGAAGAAGCUAAGGAAAAAGGAGAUCUGGUCCAGGGGCGCUUCUUGGACACCUACUCCAACCUGACCCUCAAAACUUUAGCCCUUCAGAGGUGGGUUAAUCGCUUCUGCCCGCAGGCUCACUUUCUUGCCAAAGUGGAUGACGACAUCAUGUUCAACCCAAGCGCACUCCUGACCCUGCUCAACAAGAGCCACACCUACGAACAGUCAGACUUGUACCUUGGUAGGGUGCAUCUCCACGUGGCUCCGAACCGGGACCCUGACAGUAAGCACUACGUCCCCACCUCGGUCUACAAAUCCUCCGUCUUUCCAGAUUAUUGCAGUGGAACUGCCUAUGUUCUGUCACGCCACGCCUUACUGAAAAUAUCCUCAGUUGCUUCUGUUUCACCUCUGGCCAGGGCCCAACCACCUGAAGACAUUUUUGUGGGGGUUUGCGCCCAUGCAGCCGGCAUAAAACCCACACACUCCCCACUGUUUUCCGGUGGCCCAUCUGUGCCGUACGGGCGCUGUUGUUAUCAAGCCAUGGUGUCAGUUCAUCACAUCGCACCCGCAGAGAUGCUAGAUUACUGGUCUGACAGCCAGUCAUCGGGACAGUGCAUCUGGUUGAGCAUGAAAGUCUCGCUCUGUAUGUGCAAAGUCGGGGCCUUACUUAGCACAGCUUUUGGUUUGGGGAAGGAGUGA